GUGUGCGUGCGGGGAAAAUAUUAUUAUCGCGCGAUCAUGGGUAGCACGAAGCAAGCCUUCAUCCAUUCUCUCGCCCUCCUCUGCCUCCAGACGAUUUUCGUGAGCGCGGCGCCGGAUUGGGUGCCGCCCGAGGUGUUCGACAUGGUCGCGGACGACAAGGCUCGGUGCAUGGGCGAGCACGGGACGACGCAAGCGCAAAUCGACGAGGUGGACAAAGGGAACCUGAUAAACGAACCGUCCAUCACUUGCUACAUGUAUUGCUUGUUAGAGGCGUUCAGCUUGGUCGACGAUGAUGCCAACGUGGACGAGGAUAUGAUGCUGGGCCUGCUGCCGGAUCAUCUUCAGGAAAGGGCACAAUCGAUCAUGGGCAAAUGCCUUCCAACGUCCGGCUCCGACAAUUGCAACAAGAUAUACAAUCUCGCCAAAUGCGUCCAAGAAUCUGCACCGGACGUAUGGUUCAUUAUCUAAGGCCGUGACGAGAAGACUAUUUCCGGGAUCGAGUGGACGAUCGCGAGGGAAAAUUGACAACAGGCUGUGU